AUGAAGACCACCGCCCUCAUUUCCUUGCUCGGUCUAUCUGGUAGCGCCCUGGGUGCGGCCGUUGAUACGGGCAAAGGAAAUGCUCCCUUCGGCUACAAAUCCGGCUCGAAGGAGUCCAUUGCCAACAUGAAAGACAAGAUCGAGAAUGUUGUCUGGGUCCUGCUGGAAAAUCGCGGAUUUGACAACAUUCUGGGUGGUGUGAAGAAGGAGGGUUUGGACAAUAUUGUCAACAAUGGUCCUUUCUAUAACUUGGAGGAUGUUAGCGACCCCGAGAGCAAGAAGUGGCCCAGCCAGUACAAGAACUACGACUCGGUUCUCAAUGACCCCGACCACUCGCUCACUGGUACAAACUUCGAGCUCUAUGGAACUUAUAACCCUGACAAUGAAGCCAUUGCCAACGGCUCCUUGAAGGCCGAUCUCUCGGGCUUCGUCAACCGCCAUAUGCUCCGGUACCCUAAGAUCUCUGCCCAGCGAGCAGCCGACGAGGUCCUAGGAUACUACUCUGAGGGUCAGGUCCCCACCAUCGUUGAAAUGGUUGAUGAGUUCACUACCUUCAACAACUGGCACUCCUGUGUCCCUGGUCCCACCAACCCCAACCGUCUCUGCGCGGUCUCGGGUGUUACCGAUGGCCAUGGCAAGAACGAUGAGAGCUUCGAUGUCUCCUCCAUCGACAGUACCAGCAUCUUCGAGGUUGCCUCCAAGAAGGGCAUCUCGUGGCUCAACUACGACGGCACCAACGGCGCCUUCAACCCAGACGCCUUGUUCUUCGACUGGACCACUAAAAACGCCAAGAGCAGCGUUGUGCCGCUCGAGAACUUCUACCAAGACGCCUACCUGGGCCUUCUCCCCCAGCUGUCGUACAUCAACCCGUCCUGCUGCGGUCUGAACACCAACUCCAUGCACCCCUCCGGCAACGUCUCCUUCGGUGAGGUUUUCCUGAAGCAGAUCUACGACGCCGUCCGCACCGGCCCUCAAUGGGAGAAAACCCUUCUCCUUGUCACUUUCGACGAGACCGGUGGAUUCUACGACCACGUUGCGCCCCCGCUUGCCGUCCGCCCUGACAACAAGACCUACACCGAGAAAGCCUAUGACGGCAGCGAGUACACUUUCAGCUUCGACCGUCUGGGUGGUCGUAUCCCUACCUGGUUGCUGUCUCCUUAUACCCCCAAGGGUCACGUUGAGGGCUACGGUACCGACCCCGUCACCGGCGAGUCUUCCUCGUACAGUGCUACUUCCGUGCUGAAGACCCUCGGUUACUUAUGGGACUUGAAGGACUUGAGCCCUCGCGUCGAGCACUCUCCCGCCUUCGACCAUCUCAUUGGGCCGAAGGUGCGCUCUUCUCCCCAAACUCUCAAGAACCCUCACACGUUCCCCAAUGCUAUUUGA